UAUAUAAGAAACUCAGUUUGAGCGUAUUUCUGAGUUUUAUUUUCCUGGAAAUGGGGGCCAAAUACACCACCUGCUGCUUUCAUUUCUUACUGAAUCAAAACGGAGCAGGGAAAAGAGUCUUUUCACAAAUGCAGACGAGCAAACCAGCAGGGCAGCCGUGCGACCCUUGUAGUGACACUGACCCAGAAGAAGACCGUCCUGUUGGGCCGAACCUUCGGAAAACGGAGAACCCAUGGUCGAGUAACCACACAUGCAGCUAUUCCCCAAUUAAACGUGGGUCAGACAAGGAGUUGCAGGCUUUUAUUAGCAUGAGAGACAAAACCGACAAGGCUACAGAGGAAUGGGAGAAGCUCAACUACGACAUCUACACAUUACGUUACACUCGACGUGAAGUCAGAUCUCGAUGGAAGAAAAUCCUCUUGCAGCUUGGUUAUCAGUGUGAAAUCGAUGCCUUGCUCAGUGUGAACCAGCGGAGCAGGAUCAGUCGGGACGUGGAACAACUGAAACGAACGACCGAUCUGUUGACGCAACUUCUGGACCACAGCUCCCUCUUCCCUUCGGGAACAGAAGACCAGACCAAGUAUCUCUACGUUAUGGAUCGGCUCGUGUCUCUGGACAGUGCUGAGGACUUUGUCCGACUUGCAAGAGAAAAAUACCCAAAGCAAUGAGUGCUGGGUGGAUGAAGAAAACUACAUCACACUAAACAUGACACAAUAAAGAGGAA